UCGUGGAGGCGCUUGAGCUGCGCCCCGAAGCAGCUCUGAGUGAGGGCGCCAUAAUGGGAAGGGAAAGAGUACCCCUUCGUUCUCGUAAACGAAGGAAGUUUCGAUUCAUUUAAACUCAUAAAUCCACGUAUAAGAGUGGUAUCGGAAACAUGGUGAUAUUUGUUUUCGUUGUCGAUACCUCUGCGUCUAUGAACCAACGAACGUCUAUUGGCACUACGUUGCUUGACGUCGCGAAAAAUGCUGUGGAAACCUUUACAAAGCUUCGUCAACGAGAUCAGGCGAGUAGAACUGAUCGAUAUAUGUUGGUGACGUUGGAGGAGCCGCCAGGAGCAAUAAAGGCUGGUUGGCGAGAAAACCAAGUCACAUUUAUGAGCGAACUGAGGAAUCUACAAGCAAAUGGUCUGUCUACUUUAGGAACUGCGCUGAAAGAAGCAUUUGAUCUUUUGAAUUUGUAUCGUCUCCACUCAGGAAUAGAUAAUUAUGGAAUGGGUCGAAAUCCAUUUUUUGUAGAGCCAGCUAUGGUUGUAUGUAUUACAGAUGGAAGUAAACUUUCUUCUCAGAGUGGUGUUCAGGAUGAGCUUCAUUUGCCUAUGCACACGACUUUACCAGGACACGAGUUAACAACAGAACCAUUUCGUUGGGAUCAGAGGUUGUUCUCAAUCAUACUUCGCAUGGCUGGAACAAGGAGUUCAAUGUUGGGAAAGAUGGGAAUGCAAAAUAUUGAACCUGCCAUUGCUGCCAUGUGUGAUGUUACAGGAGGACGAUGUUACAAGGUCACCUCAUCGAAGUCUCUGAGUCAAGCAUUGGAAUCUCUUGCACAGAAAGUACAGUGUGGAGUGGUGAUGAACUUUGAGAAGAUCGGAGGAGCCAAUAAUCUUCCCCCUCCACCCCCAGAAGUUGCAAAAAGCAACAUGGUUGAUGUGCGGGAGACCGACUCUCCAACUCCACCCCUACAUAACCAUGUGAUGAAUAAUGUGGACCUCUCCAAGGAGGAUGCAAAAGACAAGAACUCCCUUGGCAGUGAAGAGAACCAUGGAACUGGAAAAAUGGAUGGGUCAACAUCCAGGAAUCAGCAGAUUGGAACUAACCAUCUCUCUCCCCCACCCAUGAACAACUUGUUGCCCGAGGACUCUCCUGGUGCCCUGGGGAUGCCAAGAUCAACCACAAGCUCCCCUGUCCCACCCAGUGUGCAAUCAACUGCAUGGAUGAGUUGUCGCAGGAUGAUCUACAUCAAGUCCUCUCCAUCAUCAGGGCACUGGCCUGUACCUGAAUCUUUCUGGCCUGACCCAUCCAUGCAAACACUGCCCUCAAGAGAUGCCCACCCCAAUGUGUUGUUUUCAUGCAAUAAUUCUGAACCUUUGGUUCUCGAUAACUUGCCUUUUGACAAAUAUGAGUUGGAGCCAUCACCACUCACUCAAUACAUUUUAGAGAGGAAGUCACCGUCAACAUGCUGGCUGACAUUCAUUCUUAACAGUUACAAGAAAUCAGGUGAAGUGGGGUAUCCCUUUGGUUAUCUGAAGGCAAGCAGCAAUCUUCAAACAGUGAAUCUGUUUGUUAUGCCCUACAAUUUCCCAGUGUUGUUUCCCGUAAUAGAUGAACUAGUGAAAGUUCUGAAAAUGAAACCAACUCCAAAAUGGAAGGAGAAGUUCGAGAGCUACCUUUCGACAAUGCCAAACUACUAUGCUGGGCCUCUUCGCAAUGCAUUUCGUCGUAUGGGAAUCCCACCCUCAUUUGUUCCAGAUCACUUGGACUCUUUCUUAAGUUAUACAGUGGUGAAUUAUCUAAAGAAAGUGAAACAACAGAGUAAAAUGGAGACAGAGAGACUGAUCUCUCUAGUUGGAAAAAACCCUGCCAGGGAAAAUGUUCCAAGACCGCUUUUAAGUGUACGGACACCCCAGUUACCUAAAGCCAAAAAACAAGACUUUCAUGCAUUAUUACACAACAGAAAUUUUUCUGAUGCUGAUAGAAUAUCAAGCGAGACUGACAUCAGCAUUCCCAGUGCCUCGCUACACAACGUCAAACAGAGCGUCAGAACCCAGAGCUACAAGAAUCCCUUUGAUAUUUCAAGACAAGAACUAUUAGAUCAAGUAUCACGGAUGAGAAUAAACUUUUUCCACACAGCAGCAACAUCAACAAGACUACAAGAUGAAGAUGCUCGCCACAGUGUUGCAAUUGCAGAAAUGGGAAAUUAUCAAGAAGUGCUGAGGCAGAUGAGUCCUCUACGUGAAGUUGAUCCAGGACAAAACAGGGUGCACAUGUUUGGAAACCCUUUUAAGCUGGCUAAAGAUCAGCGAGUCAUGGUUGAUGAGGCAGAUGUUAAUGAAGCAAUGGCUGGUCCUCCAUCUCGUAAGAGACCUCCUAUUGAUAACAGACCUGGAUCUCCAAAGGACAGAAAGAGACAACAGGAGACACCUCCAGUGAGGUGGCCCAAUAAAGCAACACAAAAUGGAGGAAAUUCGUGAAUAUCCCCUGUGAACAACAAAGUAACUUCUGACAAAAACUUAAUUUCUCAGGAUGGAAAAAUGAACAAUGUCUUUUCUGGCGGACACCAUGGAAUGAAACGGAAAUUGAGUGAAGGAAAUGACAGAGUACACAAGUCGCUUAAGUCUUCAAAAGGUUUGAUGAAACCACAACUUGCCAGACUACAACAGCAACACAGUAAAGGAAAGUUAAAUAAGAAACUUCAACCUUUAUCAAAGACUGAUGCAAAUAAUUCUUCCAAGAAUGAUUUUGUUUUCUCAAUUUUAAAGGAAGCUGUGACUUCACAAACUAGAACGUUCUCAGGCCAAGGGCGGCCAGUUAUGAAUUCAAGUGAAGGCACGCUGGAUAAAAAUAAACUUACAAACUCAGAAGCAGCAGAAGUGCUUGCUGAUGAAGUUGUGAAAGAACAACCCAAGGGCCCAUCUCCAAGGCUGCUUAAAAAGCAACUUGCACGGGAAGCCUUUGAAGAAAAUAGGCUAAUACGAAACAGUGUUUUUAAGGAAAUCAGAAGACCAGAGAUAAGUGAUGAAGACAUAUUGGAUCAUGUUUCGAACCUAAAAGGAUCACCUGAAGUGCAGGGCUCAUUUGUACGAGAAAUUAUUGACGAGGCAACCCUCUUCAAGAAGAAAUCGUUGAUUGAAAAGCUUUUUUCUCACCUCAGUAGCUUACAAGAGAGAGACUCUCCCAAAUCCGAUGAAAUUGAACUUUCAGAGAAAAAAAGAUAGCACAUGAUUUACACUACCAAAUUGGGAGUGUUGAAAACUGCUUUCAUUGUCUCCGGUCAUAUUUUGCUGAUGAAACUGACAAAAGCACUUAGUGAGUUGCAUCAACUCAUUUUAUAACUGUAAAUUAUUUCUUGCUUAAAGCAACAAUGGUAGUGAGGUCAGUCACAAUUUUCCAGUUUCUCUCUCGCAUAAUUCUAGCACCACUUUAGUCACUUGGGUGAAUAAUUGCAUAAAACUGAAAUUUGUUUCUAAAAGAAGUUGGAUCACAGAUUCCUAAAUGUCAUGCUGUGACUUGAUGCUAAGCUGCAUAUUUGGAAGUUGUGUCUUGCUAGUUGUACAUAUAUCAGCAUGUCUCCCUUUGGAUUUGUACUUCAUGGAAUUUUGAUAACUACAAUUUUUUCCCCCUUUGGUAGAGUCAUUCAAGACCAUAAUGUUAUUACUGUCAGAAAAUAAAGCAAACAUUUAGUAAA